AUGGAAUUCACGGUGAUCAACUCUGACGUCGGGCGGUUUAGCCGAGACGACGAUUAUCAUAACGAUUCGGAUGCAUCGUCGACACGAAAAUUCAAAGACGUCGGUUGUCUGGAUCUCAGUUGUUCGAAUAUACUGCACAUAGCCAAUUUGUGUUUGAUAUCGUCCACCAAUCUUACGUCGUUAAAAUUACCGGUCAACCGUAUUGAUAAAAUUUGCAAUCUUGAUGCCUAUACAAACCUUGUCGAGUUGGAUCUUUCUCAUAACCAUAUUAAGCAGAUCGAAAAUCUCCAGGGAUUAGUUAAAUUGCGGCGUUUGACUUUAAACCACAAUCCAUUGACAAACGUACAAAAUUUGGAUACUCAACGUAAUUGUUUGGAAAUGCUAGACAUAGGAUAUUGCAAAAUAGCCGAUUAUAAAUUUACUUUGUACUUAAGAAAGUUUACGAACCUCAUAUCGCUAAUAGUAGAAGGUAACCCGUGCCAAACUGAACCCAUUUACUCCGAACGGACAUUAAUACUGUCAAUUGUACAAUCAUUACUGGUGUACAAUAAUAAAACUGUUACGGUUGAAGAAAGAAAAGAAGCUUUCGACACCCACAGUCAAUUGAUUGCUAUGCUAGAAAAAAACGACAAGAAAUGGAAACGGAUGUCCGUGGACGAGCAAUUGCGACUAGAACGGAUGGCGGGCAGGAAGGACGCGUUUUUAGAUGGAAUCCCGGAAGGCGAAGACGUCGAUUUCAACGUCAACGUAUUUCGCAACACGACCGUGGAACAAGUUCUGAUGGAAAACAGCCGUUACGGGAUCCAUAACGUUUACAGAGGAUACGCGGACAACUUUAGGCGACUGAUAACCGAAAUAACGAAAGCUGCGGAGACUAGCCGCGGGAUCCGUGCCCGACUGGUCGACGAAUUCCACUGCGAUUUGCGGCAGUUGAUCGACGGCGGCGUGGACGAAAGCAGAAAGUGCGUUUCGGAGUUUGCGGAGUACAAGAAACGUGUGGAAUUCAAUUUGUCGGCAGGCAGCGGUGAGGGUGUAAGUCCAUCGACGAACGCUGACGCUGGAUGCGGACGUUUCGGUGAGAGGACGCGAGUAACGUGGCUCACGCUGAUGGGCCAUGAGGACCAAUUGUCUAGGAAAAUAACGAAAAUGAUUGGAGAAUUGCGGGACUUACUUGAAAAGCAGAUAGUCGAAUUCAAACAGUUGGUCAACAACCGAUUUUGUAUGUUGCAGAGACAACAGAACAUAUUCCUACAGUUCAUUUUAGAGUAUGCAGUGUCUUCGGUACAAAGCGAUGACAUAAACAAUAGAAUUAGCAGAGUGUCACAACUCACAAACGAUAUUUCACAAUGUAUGGAAUCGCAAGCUUCGCAGGUAGAACGCGCUGAAUUAUACAUAACAAAAAGUGCUUCCAAAUGGUUAGACGAUGUGUUUGACAAAUUGAACAGCGAAGAAUUCCAAAGAAAUCGUCGGAAGAUAUCAGAAAUCGCAUCAUUUAUCCGUUCUCAAAACGAAACAUUGAAACGAUCACAGUCUUAG